AACAACUUCCGGUGACGCUUUUUGAACGGUUGGCGGUUUAUUAGAGUUCAGAUUCUGAGAGAAACAGGUCCUCCUGUAUACCGGAUUAUAUACAGGUUUAUUCCGGAUUAUAUAAGGGUUUAUAUCUGAUACUCCGCGGUGAAGAGAGCUGUGUGGAGCUAAAAUGGAUCCGGCGGCCGCGAAACUUCUGAUCGGGAUCGCUGUGAGGAUCAGCCGCAGCGACGGUCGAGUCCACAGUGCCACGGUGAAAUCGGUAAGCGCUGCGAAGUCUACGGUGCAUGUGGAAUGGAUUGAAGACGAUAAGACUAAAGCUAAAGAGAUCAAUAUGAGUGAAAUUUGUGAGCUCAAUGCGGAGCUAAUUAAUCACCUGCAGCCACCGAGCCAGGCGGCACCGUCCCCUGUACCCACCACCAGCAACGGGCGCCCACCCAAAACAGAGAAAGACAAAAAAAUGGAACUUCCUCUAAAGCCGUCAAAGAUUCCUCUAACCACAGAGUCUGCCCCUCCGGCGCCUCCUCCAGAGGAGUCAGUUCCCAGGAGGAUGACCACACGCCAGACCAUUUUCUUUGCGUCGGCGCUCCCGUCGUCCGGCUCUGCGAUGGCUGCUGAAGAGACUCCCACAUCUACCAUUCCCAGACCAUCAGGAUUACCGAGUUAUCAGAGGAGGCAGGCUGCCAAACCCCUGUCUCCCACGCUGCCCACCAUCGAAGCAGUUUCUGAGAGCGAGACCUCAAAACGAGCCUCUGUGGCCCCACCAAAUCCACGUCUAUCACGAGUUCCAGAUGUGAAUAAAGCGGCAAACAAACGACUUUCCAUCUCCACCAAAAAUCCUGAGACUCAGAUAAAGAAAGGAAAGUAUGGAAGUGUAAACCGACCCAACAAGCAGUUUUAUCAGAUGAUAGAGGAUUACCGUGAGACUCUGGAGAAAAUUCCUCUGACUUUGGCUGAUCCUGUGGAGCUUCACAGAAUUUGCGUGUGUGUGCGGAAGCGGCCAUUAAAUAAAAAAGAAAUAACCAAGAAAGAGAUAGAUGUAGUGAGUAUUCCUGGAAAUGGAGUCCUCCUGUUCCAUGAGCCCAAACAGAAAGUGGACCUCACCAAAUACCUCGACAACCAGGUGUUCCAUUUUGAUUAUUCGUUCGAUGAGGACACCUCCAAUGACUUGGUUUACAGGUUCACUGCCAAACCACUGGUUAAAACUAUUUUUGAGGGUGGCAGGGCUACAUGUUUUGCAUAUGGACAAACGGGCAGUGGAAAGACUCAUACGAUGGGCGGAGACUUCUCUGGAAAAGCUCAGAACAGCUCUAAGGGGAUCUAUGCCCUCGCAGCGCAGGACGUGUUUCUCCUCCUGCAGCAGAAGAGAUAUACUGACAUGGAUCUGUGCCCAUAUGUAACCUUUUUUGAGAUCUAUAAUGGCAAGGUUUUUGAUUUACUGAACAAGAAGGCGAAGCUGCGAGUUCUAGAGGACGAGAACCAGCAGGUCCAGGUCGUCGGACUGCAGGAAAUGCCGGUCUCGUCUGUUGAUGAUGUCAUAAAAAUGAUUGAGAAGGGCAGUUCUUGCAGAACAUCUGGCCAGACGUUUGCCAAUGCCAACUCGUCCCGGUCCCACGCGGUGCUGCAGGUGAUCCUGAGGCGGCGUAAGCAGCUUCACGGGAAGUUCUCUCUGGUGGACCUGGCGGGGAACGAGCGAGGUACGGACGUCAGCAGCAACGACCGGCAGACUAUGGUGGAGACGGCGGAGAUCAACCGCAGCCUUCUGGCUCUGAAGGAGUGUAUCCGAUCGCUGGGGCAGAACAGUGAGCACAUCCCCUUCAGGAUGAGUAAACUCACCCAGGUGCUCAGAGACUCCUUCAUCGGAGAGAACUCCAGAACCUGCAUGAUCGCUAUGAUCUCACCGGGUAUGAGCUCCUGUGACUACACACUGAAUACACUACGAUAUGCUGACAGGGUGAAGGAGCUGAAUGGAGCGUCUAAAGGAGUGGUUCAGGAGAACACGGGGUUAAUAGAGCAGCUGGAGGAGAGCUGCAGCUCCUCAGAGGAAGAGAAUAUUGAUUCAGAACUUGUAAUGACGAGCAUCUCUGAGAUGGAGGACAGGUUCUAUGAAGAUCUGCAGGGGGCCAAUCAGAUCGCCAGAGCCAUGGAACACUCGUCAUAUGAUAUAGUAAACGGCCUGCCAGAGAUUGAUGUAUAUAUGGAGAAACUGCAAGGAUCCUAUCAGGCCCUGCGUUCAGCUAUCGAGGCACUGAAGACCAGAUCGUCCAAUCUGGCGUGACACCAGAGUACCAAUCAAACCAAAUUUGUAGUUUUUUUUUUUUUUGCAGGCGUGUCUAAACCAUUUCUGUAAUUUAACCCUUUCCUGUUUUAAAACAAAAUCCUUAUAAAUGUUUUUGCUGUAUGUUCAGAUUAUGUUUAACUGUUUAACUGGUUGGUUUGAAUAAAUCAGUUACCGUGUUUAAUUGUUUAAAUAAACGCUUCUGGCAGUUUAGGAUUUUGUUUUUUCUCAAACCCAGUUUCUCACGCAACAACCGGCCCCCGCCCACAUAAGCUUAGAAAUCAGAUGUCACAAUUACAUUAUCAAUUUUUAAUAUACUGUAUUAAUUUGAUCAUUUAGCUGAUCUUUUUAUUACCCAUCGUUUACCUAACAAGUGAAUAAAUUGGUGUCAAGUUUU